CGGCCAUUUUUACCCCCAUUGAUUGCAGUUUGUGGUCGCAGCUCAGAAAGAAAGUAUCUGCGAUUACUUCCAUAACAAGUUUACAGCGCCGCGGCUCAGCUUCCACAGCGACCCGGAGCUCAGCCGGAGCGCGGAUAAUGCUCAGCCACAGCGCCGCGGAGAGCUGCUGUUGACCCCAGAGCCCGGGUGGAUGAGCGCGUAGAUAACAGUCGCCCAGAUGGAAAUGGUGCCCAGCGAGGAGAAGCAGCUUGUACCUAAAGAGGGUGUAUUUUGGAGUUGCAGGCAAAGUAUUUUUGAGGAGAUGAAGAAGAAGUUCUCUCAGAUAGAGAGCGCUGCUGAGGAGCCCAGGGUGCUGUGCAUAGUCCAGGACACCACUAAUGCCAAGACAGUCAACGAGAGACUGACCCUCAACCUCCCGGCUUCCACGUCCGUCGCCAAGCUGUAUGAAGACGUCGCUCAAAAGGCUGGCUAUGUGAAUGGCACCUUUGAACUGGGAUGGGGCAAUGUGGUGGAUAUGGCUCCUCUGGACCAGGCCAGUGAGAUGUCUCUGGUGGAGUCUGGGUUCGAGGCAGGGAAGAGGAACUUCCUGCAGCUCACAGACAAGGAUGGGGAGCAGCCUCAGAUAGCUUCUGAUGAGUCAGGCACGGCAGACAGCAGUGGGCUGGAUGACAGCACUCAGGACCGCUUCAUUGGGCCGUUGCCCCGGGAUGGUACUGUGGGCUGCAGCAGUGAUUACAGCAGCCCCAGCUACUCCUACUCCUCUAUACUCAACAAGUCAGAGACAGGAUAUGUGGGUUUGGUAAAUCAGGCUAUGACCUGUUACCUGAACAGUUUACUGCAGACCCUGUUUAUGACUCCAGAGUUCAGAAACGCACUCUACAAGUGGGAGUUUGAGGAGUCCGAGGAAGACCCGGUCACCAGUAUCCCUUACCAGCUGCAGAGGCUGUUUGUGCUGCUGCAGACCAGCAAGAAGCGUGCCAUCGAAACCACAGACGUGACGCGCAGCUUCGGCUGGGACAGCAGUGAAGCAUGGCAGCAGCACGACGUCCAGGAACUGUGCCGGGUCAUGUUCGACGCCUUGGAGCAGAAAUGGAAACAGACAGAACAGGCUGACCUUAUAAACCAGCUGUACCAGGGCAAGCUGAAGGACUAUGUGCGCUGCCUGGAGUGCGGCUAUGAGAGCUGGAGGAUCGACACAUACUUGGACAUCCCUCUAGUCAUCAGACCGUUUGGAGCUAGCCAGGCUUUUGGGAGUGUGGAGGAAGCAUUGCAGGCCUUCAUCCAGCCAGAGACGCUCGAUGGGCCGAACCAGUACUUCUGUGAGCGCUGCAAGAAGAAAUGUGAUGCUCGGAAGGGCCUGAGAUUCCUGCACUUCCCUUAUCUCCUGACCCUGCAGCUGAAGCGUUUUGACUUUGACUACACCACUAUGCACCGCAUCAAGCUCAACGACCGCAUGACCUUCCCAGAGGAGCUGGACAUGAGCCCCUUCAUCGACCUCGAGGAUGAGAAGUCUCCUCAGACAGAGAGCUGCACUGACAGCGGGGCGGAGAACGAGGGCAGCUGCCACAGCGACCAAAUGAGCAAUGACUUCUCCACCGACGAUGGUGUGGACGAGGGCAUCUGCCUGGACAGCACGAGUGCCACUGAGAGGGUCCUGAAGCCAAAGAGCUCGCUAACCUUCGAACUCUUCUCGGUAAUGGUUCACUCUGGCAGCGCUGCAGGUGGACACUAUUAUGCCUGUAUCAAGUCCUUCAGUGACGGCCAGUGGUACAGCUUCAACGACCAGCAUGUUAGCAAGAUUACACAGGAUGACAUCAGAAAGACAUAUGGCGGGUCCUCAGGGAGCAGAGGCUAUUACUCGAGUGCCUUUGCCAGCUCCACAAAUGCGUACAUGCUUAUAUACAGACUGAAGGAUCCCUCAAGGAAUGCAAAGUACCUCGAUGUGGAGGAUUUCCCAGAGCACAUAAAGCGCCUUGUCCAGACAGAGAAGGAGUCUGAGGAGCAGGAGAAGAGGCAGAGGGAGAUUGAGCGCAACACGUGCAAGAUCAAGCUGUUCUGCAUGCAUCCAUUCAAGAUGAUGAUGAUGGAGAACAAGCUGGAGGUUCACAAGGACAAAACCCUCAGAGAGGCUACAGAAAUAGCUUACAAGCUGAUGGAUCUUGAGGGCACGGUUCCUCUAAGCUGCUGUCGGCUGGUGAAGUACGAUGAGUUUCAUGAGUACCUGGAGCGCUCGUAUGAGGGCGAGGAGGACAUGCCCAUGGGACUGCUCCUUGGUGGGGUCAAAUCCUCCUACAUGUUUGACCUGUUGCUGGAGACCCGCAGACCGGACCAAGUGUUCCAGCCCUACAAACCUGGAGAAGUGAUGGUGAAGGUCCAUGCUGUGGAUUUGAAAAGUGAGACCAUCUCUCCUCCCGUCAGCGUCAGGGCAUAUCUGAACCAGACCAUCACAGAGUUUAAGCAACUCAUUGCACAGGCCACUGGACUGUCUGCAGAAACCAUGCGUGUCGUCCUGGAGCGCUGCUAUAAUGACCUUCGGCUUCUCUAUGUCCCCAACAAGACACUGAAAGCAGAGGGUUUCUUUAGGAGUAACAAGGUUUUUGUGGAGAGCUCAGACUCACCAGACCACCAGGUCACAUUCACAGACUCCCUCUUGUGGAAGCUCCUGGACCGCCAUGGGAACACCAUCAGACUGUUUGUGUCUCUUCCAGAGCAGUCUCCAGGCUCUCUGGCCCAUAGAACUAGUUGCCCCAAAGUGAUCGGUGACUCUGAGGACUCGUUUGAAGGAGCAAAGGGCAGCGGGCAGUCUGUUGAGGCCAUUCUGGAGGAGAGCACGGAGAAGCUCAAGAAUCUGUCUCUUCAGCAGCAGCAACAGCAACAACAGCAGCAGCAGCAGCAGACAACCUCCAGCACCAGCGACAGUCAGAAAAGUUCAGACCACAGUGACUUUGAGCACAUCGAAUCUCCUGCAGUCGAGUCUGACAGUGCCGUCCAGCCUGCUACCCAGACGACCAGUGGGAGCAGCAUGGGAGGAACGGCCUCUGACCCAGAAAACCAGUUUCCCUCAGAGGAGCGCUCCGACUCGGACGUGAACAACGACCGCAGCACCAGCUCGGUGGACUCGGACAUCCUGAGCUCCAGCCACAGCAGCGACACGCUGUGCAACGCCGACAGCGGCCCAUUGCCUCUGGCCAACGGGCUCGACUCGCACAGCAUCACCAGCAGCCGCCGCUCCAAAGCACACGAGGGAAAGAAGGAGACGUGGGACACGGCCGAGGAGGAUUCAGGCACAGACAGCGAGUACGAUGAGAACGGCAAGAGUAAAGGAGAAGCACAGUACCUGUACUUCAGAGCCGAGCCCUACUCGCAAGAGGAUUCUGCUGGAGAAAACCAGAAAUAUUUACUCGUCCACGUUGAUAAGAGGAUCACACUCGCAGCAUUCAAACAGAACCUGGAGCCAUUCGUUGGAGUCACUUCCACCCAGUUCAAGGUCUUCCGGGUUUACGCCAACAACCAGGAGUUCGAGAGUGUCCGACUCAACGAGACCCUCUCCUCUUUUUCAGAUGACAAUAAGAUCACCAUUCGGUUAGGAAGAGCACUGAAGAAAGGGGAGUACCGGGUGAAGGUCUACCAGCUGCUUGUCAAUGAUCCUGAGCCCUGUAAGUUCCUGUUGGACACUGUGUUUGCUAAGGGCAUGACUGUGAGACAGUCUAAAGAGGAGCUGCUGCCUCAGCUCAAAGACCAGUGCAAGCUGGACCUCAGCAUAGACAGGUUUCGACUCAGGAAGAAGACCUGGAAGAACCCAGGCACAGUGUUUCUGGACUAUCACGUCUAUGAAGAGGACAUUAAUAUCUCCAGUAACUGGGAGGUGUUUCUGGAAGUUCUUGAAGAACCGGAGCGGAUGAAGUCCAUGUCCCAGCUGGCCGUGCUGACGCGGCGCUGGUGUCCAGCCCAGAUGAAGCUGGAGCCUUUCCGGGAAGUGGUACUGGAGAGCAGCAGUGUGGAUGAGCUUAAGGAAAAGCUCAGUGAAAUGAGUGGAAUUCCUCUAGAAAACUUGGAGUUUGCCAAGGGAAGAGGAACAUUUCCUUGUGACAUAUCUGUGUUGGAGAUUCAUCAGGAUUUGGACUGGAAUCCUAAAGUUUCCACACUUAAUGUCUGGCCCCUCUACAUCUGUGAUGAUGGUGCAGUGGUCUUCUACAGGGACAGCACUGAAGAGCCCAUGGAGCUCUCUGAAGAGGAGCGCAGUGAACUGAUGAAGAAGGAGAGCAGCCGUCUGCUGAAGACGGGGCACCGGGUCAGCUACUCGCCCCGCAAAGAGAAAGCCCUUAAGAUCUAUCUAGACGGAGGACCUACCAAAGACUCGGGCCAGGACUGAAGGUGGCCCGAACCCACCCUGAUACAGAAUUUUUUUUAAUAGCUGGCCUGCCCGCUGCAGUGUAGCGCUGCCUUGCCAGGGACCCUCGUCUGGCAUCAGGGCCCAUGUCGAAUCCAACGUCACCAGUGCUGUACGGCUGACGCCCUUCUUCUCUGAGCUCUGCGGGGGGCAUUGCGAGGCUCAGAUUCCUAUUGUGCACUAUAGUUUAUUGUACUGUAAAGUUUAAAGGGAAGUGCAAAAGCUAUUUCAAAUGAGAUAAUACAAAAAAAAUAAUUACCAUUCAGACAAAUCAAUCUAACAUGAUUCUGCAGAUUGUGGAAUAGAGUGGAGAAGACUCUAUUUGGGAGUGAUUUGUAUCUUUUUCUCUGGGCUGUCUCUCGGUUUUCUCGAUUUUCUCCAUUGUUCUCAUUAUUUUCUUUUCUCUUAUACUGUCCGUCUCUUCAUCACUCGCUCUGUGAUCAUGAGUAGUGUUGAGAUCACCAAGUUAUGUGCACAUGAUCCAAGUUCUCCUCAGUCCACGCAAGCGUAAGGGCGAAGCCAGCCUCGGUCCAAUCAUCUUCCUUGUUUUUUGAGGUCCUCUACUAAAUCCGGGUGUAUUCUUAUCGUUCUCAUUUGAAAAUACUGCGCUCUCUCUCCUCUCGUUCAUUUAACGAACGAUUUAACAUACUGGGUGUGAAUUAAACGCUUUUCUUCUGGCUGAUGAGGCUCCGCCCUGGCCUUUUCCCAGAGUGCUUCCCUGCAUGUGUGGGUGUGACGGUGAUUGUGGCAGUCACUCUGUGCGACCCCCACUGACUGCUGAAGCUCCGCCCACUGUGGAGGGAGCUCCGUCCUGCUCCCCUCACAACCCCUCCUCCUUCUACUGGGGCUACUCACACUGGUACAUUUUAGUUUGCAAGCCUUUAAGUCUAGGGCGAUAAAAAUCGAGUAGAGCGCUUCAUUUAUCUGUUUACUCUGUUUAUUUUUCGUUUGUUUUUUUGUUUUCCUUGUAAAUUAUUUUCACCCCAGACUUAAUGGAGAUAUUAGGUCUUGUGAGUGACAUCUGGCACACAUUUUAAUAAUUUCUUUUUUUUUGGUCUGUAUUCAGCCUUUUUGUUUUGUUUGGGGGUUUUUAUUUCUGCACAAUGUGAACGGAGCCUGUGUGGGUUCGGGCCUGGUCUGCGAUUGUGUGUGUAUGUGUGUGUGUGUGGAAAGAUGCUGCUGUUUUGCGAAGCCUGAGGGCCGAGGCUCUAGAGCCACACUGGAGGAGCAGCAGCAGUCUGGGCCGCAGCACCGCCGGGCCGGGCCGAACUGCCGUGGGUUCCUAUGGCUCCCUAACGCUGCCACAAUCUGUUCACAGUAGACAUGCCAAUAUAAAAAUAAAAAAAUAAUCAUU